AUGGUUCGUUCUCGCCGUCGCAUUGCGGUGAUAGCCUCCCUUCUCGGCCUGUUUCUUCUCUACCACUUCCGCUCGAUCCACUCGGAGCUGCGUCCUUCCCUCCCACAACCGCACCAACCGCAUCUCCAUCCCGACUGUCCCCCGCUACCCGGCAUCGAGGAUGUCCUCGUCGUCAUGAAAACCGGCGUCACCGAAGCGCGCGACAAGGUCCCGGUGCAUUUCCACACCACCCUGCGUUGCAUCCCCAACUACGUGAUCUUCUCCGACUUCGAGGAAGUCAUUGACGGCGUUCAAAUCCAUGAUGCGCUUCAAAACAUAGACACCGACGUCAAGAGCUCCGUGCCGGACUUUGACAUCUACAACCGUCUGCAGGAACAGGGUCGAGCUGGCCUCGAGUCUGCUGACUUUGCGGACGAGGCCAAUUCCGCCAUCGGGAAGCCCAACAACCCCGGGUGGAAGCUGGACAAGUGGAAAUUUCUCCCCAUGGUGCAGGAGACCCUGCGGUACAAUAAUCGUGCCAAGUGGUAUGUCUUCAUGGAGGCGGAUACCUACUUCUCCUGGCCGACCCUGAUGCAAUGGCUCGCCCAUUUCGAUCCCUCGAAACCCCACUACAUCGGCACGGAGACGCAGAUUGCGGAUGUUAUCUUCGCCCACGGCGGGUCCGGAUUCAUAGUCUCCAACCCGGCCAUGCAGCGCGUGUCAGAUGACUACGCAGACCGCACCGUCGAACUGAACGAGUACACCGACGCCCACUGGGCCGGUGACUGCGUCCUCGGCAAGGUCCUGGCCGACGUGGGGGUGCCCUUGCACUUCUCCUGGCCGAUCCUGCAGAACUCCAACGUCGGCGAGCUGGACGAGUUCACCCGAAGCUUCUACCGCCAGCCCUGGUGUUUCCCCGCCGUUGCCUUCCACCACCUGGCGCCGCGCGACAUUGAGUAUCUGUGGAACUUUGAACGCCGACGGUGGCGAGAGAAGGAGAAAUACGUUCUCCUGCACAGCGACGUCUUCAAAGAGCUCAUCUAUCCGGAGCUCUCCAACGUCCGCGACGAUUGGGACAACCUCGCCGACGAGGAGCAAGUCGGGGUCUCCUCGUUCCAUGAGUGCCAAACCACCUGUACCAACACCGGCGACUGCACGCAGUUCGUCCUCCGCGACGGCAAGUGCUAUACGGGGAAGACUCCCCGUCUGGGCGUGCGGAGCUCCGGUGUCCGCUCUGGGUGGGUGGUGCGUCGCAUCGAGAACCUGAUGAACCAUGCGCCGACGUGUACGCGGCCGGAUUGGGGGAACUAA